AUGUUAGAUGUACCUUUUGAAUUUAUGAAUAUAAAAAAUUAUGAGUGUCUUUACAACAAUUUAAAAAUUAGGAAUGAUGUGAUUAGAAAUAAUGAUUAUAAUAUAAAUAAUUAUAUUUAUGAUGUGUAUAUCUCAAAAUUAAUUUUUGUCAUGGUUAAUAUUUAUAAUGAACACAGUAUGAAUAAUAAUAAUAAUAAUAAUAUGGAGAGAUAUUUAAUAUAUAAUAAUAAUAAUAUUAAUGAAUAUAUUAUUAGUAACACACAAAAUAUGUAUAUGAUAAAAAAUAUAUAUUCAUCAAAUAGUUAUGAAGAUAAUAUAUUAAAUAAUAAAGAAUAUAAUUAUGCAAGUUUAAUAAAAAUUAGAAGAGAUAAUAAACUUUUGUGUUAUAACAAAUGUAUUAGGAGAAACAAGAAAAUAAAGCCAUAUGAAAAAUCGAAUAAGGCGAAUUGUUAUAUGAAUGUGUUAAAUUUAGUGAAUAAUAUAAGAAAUUUAAGGAUCUCCAAAAUUAAGAGAAAAAAAAAGAGAAUAAAUAUAAUAAUGAGAAGAAAAAAAAAACGAAAGAGAAAAAAAACGAAUAUGAUAAUAUUAAAUAAUGAUAAAAAUUAUAGUAUUAAUAGAAAUAAUUGUUCUAAUAAUAAUUAUAUGGAUAAUAAAAUUUAUAAUAUAUUAUUAAAAAAUAAUAAGAUUAUAUAUAUGAAAUAUGAUGAUACCAUAAAUUAUGAAGAAUCAAAAAAUAAAACUAUACUAUUUGAUAUGUUGAAAUAUUUAUCAUCUAUCAAAUGCAAGAGUAAUAAUAAUAUUUUAUGUCCAUUAAUAAAAAUUAAUACAGGAAAAAAUGAAUAUAAUAAAAAGAAUAUUAUUAAUUAUUUCAAUUUUGAUAGAACAAUUUAUUUUAUAUUUAAUCAAAUAAAAAAAUUAAUUAAAAAAUUAAAAAACAUAUUUAUCAGUAGAAAUAUAAUAUAUUACCGUUAUUUUAAAAAUAUAACAUAUACUAAUAUAUGUAAAUACAAAUAUUAUAUCAGUAAUUAUGUUAUAUCCUUCUACUAUAAUUAUUUACAUAAUGAUUAUUUUCAAAGUCAAAAUUGUUUUUUAAAAUGUUUUAAUAAUAAAUAUAGUUAUAGGAAAUUUCUUAAAAUUUUUAUCCAACUUUUUUUGGAUAAAAUAUUUUGUAUAAGUAAAUAUAUAAUUAAAAGAAAAAAAAAUAAAAAUGACAGUAAUUCUAAAAAAAAAUUAAAAAACAAAAUAAAUAGUAUAAAUAUAAAUAGAAAAAAAUGUAAAAGAAAAACACUUAUUGAUAUUCUUAAUACUUUAUCUCUAUGUGUAAAUAAUAAGAAUUAUGUAGUAAAUAAUAAAUAUAACCCUAAUCAAAAUUAUAAUCAUUUUAAUAAAUCAUAUGUUAGUAAAAUUUCACACUUUUAUUUUUCAAUAUUAUCUAAAAGGUUAUUAAAUUAUUACAUAAAUGAUAUGAACAGAUAUUAUAAACAUUAUGAACAAGCGGAAGGAAUAAAUAUGAAAAAUAAUUAUUAUAAUACUUAUAUGCCUACCUUUGAUAGUACAAAUAAUAGCUGCUCAAAAUAUAAAUCAGACAAAACAUCAAUUAUAUUUAAUAGAAAAAAUAAAAUACAGCAAAAUAAUGAAGAUAAUUAUUGUAAAAUAAAAUUACCUAAUAAGCGUAAAGAACUGAACAGUGAUGAUAAUAAUGAAAUUGUUAUGUGUAAUAGAAUAAACUAUAAAAAGUUUUACAAGAAUCCAUUCACAUAUAAUAAUAAUAAUAAUAAUAUUAUUAUAAAUGAUACUUAUAGAUACUUAUUUAAUGAACGUAUUUUGAAUAAAGAGUGUAUAUAUCUAAAUGAUCAAAACGAAAAAAGAAGUGACAACUAUUCAGAUUAUUCUAGUGAUAAACAAGGUGAUAUUAAUGUUAAAAAUAAUAAUGCAGACAAUAAUAGUAAUAAUAAUAAUAAUAAUAAUAAUAAUGAUAAUCAUAAUAAUGAUAAUAAUAAUAAUGUUAAUAAUACAAAUGGUAAUAAUAACAACAAUAAUAACAACAACAACAACAACAACAAUAAUAAUAAUAAUAAUAAUAAUAGUAAUAAUGACAAUGGGGAUAAUAACAGAAAUAACGAUAAUGAUGAUAGUGAUGAAGGCAAAAAGAAAGGUGAUGAUCAUGUUGUUAAAACAGAUGAAGAGGAUAAAGAUGAUGAUGAUGAUAAAGACGAUGAUAAAGAUGAUGAUAAAGAUGAUGAUAAAGAUGAUGAUAAAGAUGAUAAUGAUGAGGAAGAUGUUAGAAUAGAACUAAAAGAUAGAAAUGAAAAUGAUAGUGAAAAUAUAAAUCAUAAUGAUGAGGAUAAUAUAAUUCAUAUUAAUGAUGAAAAUAAUGCUGAUAUACUAUAUGAACAAAAUAGUGAUAGCAUAUUAAAUGUUUCAAUUAAUAAAGACACUCAAGCGAACAGAAAUACGAAUGAUGAGAAUGGUAUCAAUAAUAUGAAUGAUAUGAAUAAUAUCAAUAAUAUGAAUAAUAUUAAUGAACACGAAAAUUAUUAUCGUCUUAUAAAAGAAAUUGAAUUUCUAGAAAGAAAAGAAAAUAUGAAAGAAUGCAUUAAUCCAAACAUAAAUGAUUAUGUUGAUAGAAACAAGAAUCUUAAUAAAGAAGAGGAUAGGAUUGAUGAAGAAAAGUAUAAAAUAAAAUUAUAUAAUGAUGAAAAUGUAAAAAUAAAAUCAGAAAAAAUGGAAAUAAAAAUUAAAGAAGAACAUAUUAAUAUUUCAAAUAUAAAUCAAAAUCUUACACAUAAUAAUACAUCACCUAUAAUAAAUCAUCCUUUGAAAUUACCUUUAUUACCCGAAAUGAGCCAUCCAAAUGUAUUCUCAUCACAUUCUCCUAGAUCCAACAAUAUAUCUAGUAGUAGUAGUAGUAGUACUAGUAGCAGUAAUAGUGGUGGUAGUAAUAGUAGUAGUAGUAGUAGUACUAGUAGUUGUGGAGGUUCACCAAAAAAUAUACCUAAUCAAUUGAAUGAUCCAGAUUUUGAAGAAGCAUGUGAUAUUAGACUUAUGAAUUCUUCAGAAAAUUUGAAGUUUUCUCAGUCUCCACCAACCAGCUCUUUACAUGCAUCGUCUUUACAUUUGACCGAUGUAAAUGAAUUAGUUUUAUCACCUAAUCAACAGUUAUAUAACAAUAGCCCAAUAAAGUCACCAAGUAAUACACCAAUUCGUAGUCCUUCGUCACCCAUAUUUGAGAGUAAUUAUAAUGAGGAAAAUAUCGAAAAGGUAAAUUCAAAUUAUUUAAUUUCUUCACCUUAUAGAAAUGAUAUUUUUUCAGAGUUUGAUAUGCUUGGAUCCUUAUUUGAAUCGCUAGAUGAAUUAGAAAAUAAAAGUGAUUACACUGAAAGUAGUAGUAAUGAUAAUUGUAAAUAUAGCAAUGAUUUUUCAUUAGAUAAAUAUAAUAGUGACAUAAAAAAAGGAACUAUUGAAAAAGAUGAAAUAAUUUAUAAUUUCAAAAAAGAUAAUUUUAAAAAAGUAUUUCAUGCUUGGUGCAAUAAAGGAAAACAUGAAAUUAAUUAUGAUAAUAAAAAAUUUAACUCAGUUAUGGAAUGGAUAAAUUAUAUCGAGGAAUUAAUGUCUCAUGAAUUAGGUAUAACAAAGGAUGAUAAAAAAAAUGAUGAUAUAAGAAGUGAUAUGGAAUUAAGUGUAGAUAUAUUUAGCAACCAAGAUAAUUAUAACAUUGAUGAACAAAAUCAUGUAAAUCAGAAUAUAGAAAGUCAUGAAAAUAUUUUAAUUAAUAAAAAUAUCUCAACAAACAUAAAUCAUCAUAAUGAAGAUGAUUUUAUAAGUAAUUCUAAUGACCCUUUUAAUUUUAUCAAUGAACAUAAUAAUAAUAAUAAUAAUAAUAAUAAUAAUAUGCUAGAAAAUAAUACUGUCUUGAAUGAUAAAAAUAUUAUUCUCCAUAAUAAUGACAUUGUAGAAGAUACAACAACAUCAAAUAGUAUGUCACCUCUUAAAUCUGCAUUUAGUGAUAUUACAUCUUGUGUUAAUAAUUCAAAUGAUACUGUCAAUUUAUUUUCUGAAUAUAAUAAUGCUGAGGAUCAUGUUACCUAUAGUAAUCACCACAAAGAAAAACAACAAGAUGAAGAUACUUAUUUUAAUGAUCAACAUAUUAUAAAUAACAAAAUCCCUUGGAACCAUUCAGAGCACAAUUUUGUAUGGAAUAAUAAUGAUAUAGAUGGAAAUGAUGAAAAAAAUGAUCAUCAUAAAAAAAAAAAUGAAAUAUUACAACAAAACAGUGAAUUCAAUAAUAUAUCUGAUAUAAAUACGAACGAUUUCGAUAUCAAUAGUGUUGAAGAUAAGGAUGUUAUAAAUAUACAAGAAAAUUCCAAGGAUAAUAUAGCAUCUUCCAAUUAUAUAGAAGUUACAGAUCCUUGGAAAAAAUAA